ACUGGGAUUUGGAUAUGUACAAUACAAAUUUGGAAAAGCAGCUUCUUUUUAAAUUUGACUUUCUCAGAGACGGAGAAAGAAAAUCUUGAGCUCUAGGAAGAAAAUAAAUUCAGAGCAAGGGACAGAAGAUACAGUUUGACCAUCUCUUCUGUUCCCUCUGCUUUCAUCCUUGGUGGCUCACGCGCUUUAUUAAUUUUGAUCCCUCUUUUUCCUUCCCAAAGCCCUCCGCCCUCCUUAAAUCAUCUGUCACUCUUCUUUGCAUCUCUGGCCAUUUGCUUAUUUAUCUUUCUUUAUUGAAAUUCUCAAUUUUUCUUCCAUUUUCAGUGUAUUCAUUGGGGAAAACGAAAUUUCUCUUGGAGAAUUCCCUGCUGUGAUUAUUUUCAACACAAUUAUUACUUUUUUGGGGAAACGUCUGGGAUUUUGUAGGGUUAAAGCUAGAUCUUGAAUUGAGAUCGCCCAUCUGUUAAGUCGCUCACAGAGGUCAGAUUUGAAUGCAUUUGACCUCUAUUUGGCUCUGAGCCUCUUGUGCCUCUCAGGUUUGUUAUCUUUGAAAAUUCAAAUUCAUCGGAGUUUAGGCCUCUUGAAUCAUGGGUAAUUGUUGUGUAACUCCGUCCGGACCUCGUGAGACGAAGAAGAAGGGGAAGAAGAAGAAGGAAAACCCAUUUGCCAGCGACGACGUAAACUACCAUGGCAACGGUGGAAGCAAGCUCUCCGUUUUGAGCGAUCCGACGGGUCGCGAAAUCGAGCGCAAAUACGAGCUGGGUCGCGAGCUUGGAAGGGGAGAAUUCGGAAUAACCUACCUGUGUACCGAUAGAGAGACGGGUGAAGUUUUAGCUUGCAAAUCGAUAUCGAAGAAGAAGCUGAGAACAGCCAUAGAUAUCGAGGACGUGAGGAGAGAAGUUGAGAUUAUGAAGCAUUUACCGAAGCAUCCCAAUAUCGUGACCUUAAAGGGCACCUAUGAAGACGACAAUGCCGUUCAUCUGGUGAUGGAAUUGUGCGAAGGAGGAGAAUUGUUCGAUCGGAUUGUUGCGCGUGGGCACUACACAGAACGCGCCGCCGCAGUGGUCACCCGGACGAUUGUCGAAGUUGUGCAGAUGUGCCACAAACAUGGUGUGAUGCAUCGAGAUCUCAAGCCUGAGAACUUUUUGUUCGGAAACAAGAAAGAAACAGCACCACUGAAGGCUAUUGAUUUUGGGCUGUCGGUUUUCUUUAAACCUGGUGAAAGAUUUAAUGAGAUAGUUGGAAGUCCUUAUUACAUGGCUCCUGAGGUACUAAAACGAAAUUAUGGCCCAGAAGUAGAUAUAUGGAGUGCUGGAGUAAUUCUAUACAUCCUACUUUGUGGUGUCCCGCCGUUUUGGGCAGAAACUGAACAGGGAGUUGCACAAGCAAUCAUAAGAUCUGUUAUUGAUUUUAAAAGGGACCCAUGGCCAAAAGUUUCUGAUAAUGCGAAAGACCUUGUUAAGAAAAUGCUUGAUCCUGACCCAAGGCGGCGGCUUUCUGCGCAGGAAGUGUUAGAUCAUCCAUGGUUACUGAAUGCCAAGAAAGCUCCUAAUGUUUCAUUAGGAGAAACUGUUAAGGCAAGGCUCAAGCAAUUCUCAGUAAUGAACAAGCUUAAGAAAAGAGCUCUAAGGGUGAUUGCAGAGCAUUUGUCUGUAGAAGAAGUUGCAGGUAUAAAAGAGGGAUUCAAGGUGAUGGAUACUAGCAAUAGAGGAAAAAUUAACAUUGAUGAGCUACGACUGGGGUUGCAUAAAUUAGGCCAUCAGAUGGCUGAUGCUGACGUUCAAAUUCUGAUGGAAGCAGGCGAUACAGAUAAAGACGGAUACCUAGAUUAUGGAGAAUUUGUAGCCAUUUCUGUUCAUCUGAGAAAGAUGGGCAAUGAUGAGCACCUGAAGAAAGCCUUCCAAUUCUUCGAUCAGAACCAGAGUGGAUAUAUAGAGAUUGAGGAGCUACGCCACGCCUUAGCUGAUGAAGUUGACACAAACAACGAAGAAGUCAUUAGUGCGAUUAUGCAUGAUGUGGACACAGACAAGGAUGGACGAAUAAGUUAUGAGGAAUUCGCUGCAAUGAUGAAGGCUGGCACAGAUUGGAGGAAGGCAUCAAGACAGUAUUCACGAGAGAGGUUCAAAAGUCUAAGUCUCGAAUUGAUGAGGGACGGAUCCUUGACAUUGGACAACAACAAGCAAUGACCUUACAUGACUCUAGAAUCAGUGGAAUGGCAAAAUGCCAAGUCUUCCAUGUAUUUAUUCCUUU